AUGGCGUCGCCAGGCAGUGAAUCUCGCCGAUCUGACAUUCCCGCGACGCUACCUGCGCUUGACUCGAAAUCCUCGUCUCACGUAUCCCCGACAACUCCAGCAACGGCCAGCGCCAGGACCAGCGCGAGUGCCCCACCUCCCCCAUCUGCUUCAACCGUCGGCGCGGCCCUCCUCCGCGAUUAUGCCCUUCAUAUAGAACCUUCCCAGACACACAACGAAAUUCCUUCUCAUACCCCCGCUCCGCAAGCGCCUGGCAGUGAUAUGCUACCUGCGUCGAAGAACGGUCUUCCCCAGGAGGAGACUGCUGGCUGGUCACUACCCUCUUCGACCAUUCGUCGCUUCCGCCAAAAGUCCAUCUCCGGACCCCGAUCAUUGUCCACCGACUGCAUACCUCGGCAAACCAUCAUGAAGGCCUUGGCUUCGCGCCCAUGCCUGACUAGCAAUAACACGAAUUCCCCUUUCACAAAUCCCUGGUCCGGUCUUAUUGCCAAUGGCACGAGCGAAGCAGCGUCGUCGCCGCCAGACGACAAGGAGCGCCGGUCUAGCAAUGCCUCCUCUCAAAAGUUAUCUACAGCGCUGUCCAACUUGCAACUAACAGGUUAUUUGGAGCGGUCGCCCUCGACGGCACGCUUGAUGCUUCAGUCCCCAUGUUACUUCCACCAGCGGUUUGACGAUGCCGUUAAUAUCAAGAAGGUGCUCGAGGAGAUCGCGGAUGACGAGUGGUUGUCUCAUUCACGGCUAGUCCAGACGGCAACGGGUGUCCGCGAGGUUUCAAAACAAUUGCAAAGGCGGCCGAUCAAACGUGCCGUACGAACUAUCAUGAUCGUGACCAAAGCACGAGACAAUAGCCUGGUCCAUCUGACACGCGAGCUGACAGAGUGGUUGCUAUCAACCCCGCGGUAUGGAAGUGACCUAGGCGUCAAUGUCUACGUCGAUGCAAAGCUGCGGAAUUCCAAGCGGUUCGACGCCGCGGGUCUACUCCAAAAAGAACCGCGAUUCGCACAGAUGCUCCAUUUCUGGACCCCAGAUCUUUGCUGGACCUCGCCGGAGAAAUUCGAUUUGGUAUUGACGCUGGGUGGUGAUGGCACUGUCCUCUUUACUUCCUGGCUCUUCCAGCGUGUGGUACCCCCGGUGCUCUGCUUCUCACUUGGCAGCUUGGGCUUCUUGACGAAUUUCGAAUUCAACGAAUACAAAUCGCAUCUUAAUGGUGUUAUGGGCGAUGUUGGAAUGCGCGUCAAUUUGCGAAUGCGCUUCACAUGUACCGUGUUCCGGAAAGACCGGAGUAAAGGUGCGGAGGCUGGUGCGGUAGAGGAGGGAGAGCAGUUUGAGGUUCUGAAUGAGGUGGUCAUUGAUAGAGGCCCUUCUCCCUAUGUGUCGAAUCUAGAACUCUACGCCGACAACGAGUUGCUGACCGUCGUCCAAGCGGACGGUUGCAUCUUCUCCACCCCAACCGGCUCGACUGCAUAUUCUUUGUCCGCUGGCGGCUCUCUCAUGCACCCAUCGAUUCCCGGCAUCCUUCUCACACCCAUCUGUCCCCAUACCCUCUCAUUCCGUCCCAUGGUCCUCUCAGACUCUCAUCUCCUCCGCAUCGCUGUCCCCAAUACCUCGCGGUCAACCGCUUACUGCUCGUUCGAUGGUAAGGGGCGUGUCGAGCUUCGACAAGGUGACUACGUCACCGUCGAAGCUAGUCAGUACCCAUUCCCCACCGUUGUCUCUGACAGCGGCGAGUGGUUUACCAGCGUUCAGCGUGCUCUACGCUGGAACACCCGGGGUGCCGUUCAAAAGAGCUGGGAUGGUGGCGAUGGCGAGGCCGGCGGUGCCGAAGAUGACUGGGACAUCGAUACCGAUGCUGGAUUCACCGGUACAGACAGUGGUCUCGGUCCCAGUGAAGAUGGAGACUCCCUGUCGCCAAAUCCCAUGCGGCGCCAAAUGAGCUUGUUGAACAUGUGA